CCUUUUCACUGGUAUGUUAUUGCUCUUUAUUUAUGUGGGUGUUUUCUGCUUCAUGUGAUGCUUGACUUCUCUGUUUGCUAAGGUAAGGUGGUACUGAGCAUGUAUGUUUAAAUAUGUCCCAUAGUAUACCUGUCAAAGGCGCAUCAAAUCAGCCAGUCUUAAUUUGCACGAGUGGGAUACACUCAGCACCUCUUCCAAAAUCUUGUAGCUCUGAAGUUAAAAAUAAGAGAAGUGGGACCUUACAGCCUAGCCUUUCAGGUUUAGCUGCCCAGCAUAUGCAGAAGAGAACUGGAAUUAACAAUACUAUAGCUCUAAAAAACUCAUUAAAGGGGAAAGUAGUGCUGCAACACAAUUCGUUGGCUACAAAUAGUUUAGUGCAACCCUCUCUCUCCUGCCAUGAUUCUGAACGUCGUCUAAAAGAAGAAUCAACAUUAGAGCCCAAUCCUUCUCAUCUUUCUUUCGGACAAUCACAGAAAAGACUGUCUCUUUCUAGUCUAGCUUCUCAGCAUGCUGCCAACACAAACACCUCAACUCGACUGCUACCACCUUCUGUGCACAAAAGUGAAGUACUGCCUGUAAUGGAAGUCCCCAGUGUACCAACCUUUUCAACUUUGAAACAGCACAUGUCGGGAGUUUUUCCUCCUAUCCUUACUCCCAACAAAAAUGCAGGGCCUUGUCUAUCGAGCCUUGCUGCCCAACAUUUUUCCAAAAAGAGUGAGUGUGUACCAAAGUCUGGCGAAACUACUAUUCCAGAGUUACUUAGUGAUUUAAAAUUAGGAUCAGCCAAUAUAAAGGUGAAGUCUGAAACUAAUUUGUGUCACACAGCAACACAUUCUGCUAGACUGCUUCAGCCAAAGCCAGGUACUUGUUUCGUACCAUCAGUUUCCAAGAGAACAGCUGGCGUAUCUGGCAUUUCAGUCGGUGCUGUCCAGGAGACAUUGAAAGAGAGGCAUCAAAGUAGACCAGGCAUCCUUUCCUCCUUAAGGGGUGGCCCAGCACAUUCAUCAGAUGUUACACAGCCGCGCAAGACUCAAUCACUUGCUAGUGGAGAGAAAGUUGCUGCCGACUCAUGUUUGGGGAAUUUCCAAAAUGUACAUAAGAAACUGGAACCUCCACUUGGUUUCGAAACCUUGCAAACACGGACAAAGAAACACUCUUAUUCCACCGUGGAAACCGAUGUCCCUUGUGGGUGAAGUGUCUUGAAUCUACGUCUUCUUACCUGUCCUAUGAGCCCACCUCUGAUGAUCCAAAAUGCACCUACAACACUUGUACUUGCAUUCAUUCUCACCAUCUAUUACCUCUACAAUCUGAGCCAAGCCUGUUUUCAGUUACUCUUUGUCAAACCAACACGACGGGCCUCAAGGUUAAACAAGUAGAAGUACACAUGCUUCAUGAACAGACCAGGACAAAAAUGCUUUUUGGAUUUAACUCUCUAGCAAGGUUUAACUUCUUGACUCAUUCACCGGAUGACACCAUUAAGGAUAAACAGAAUGAGGGGUUCAAGGCCCAUUUGUAAUAGUCUCCAAAGUAAUGUACAAAUAUGUUUUAUUUUUGUAUAACUUUCUCCCAAGUCCCUACAAAACUGAUUAUUAGUUCCAUGUUAACAAUUGCUUCAAACGUGGGUAUUGAUUAUGCUGCUAUUAUCACACUCUUCUGCAUUCUUGUUGAAGCUACACAUUUAAUACUGCAAUCCCCUUUGGCUGAUGCUACUAUUAUUUUGCAGCAAUGCACACACACCCACUGUAGUUUUGGUUAUUAGUCCUCGACAUUGUGUAGGUACAUGGCAUAGACAGGUUAUAUUCAGAGGGGUGUACUCCCCUCCCCUUCGAGUCUCCUUCCCCAAAAUUAUGUAUAGUCAGUUGCAUCAGCAGUAUCCUUCACAUGAACCCAUGAUCAAGGGCACAUGUGCACACCUGUGUGUGUUGUACCUAUUUAGGGACCUUUCCACCCUUUAAGAAGUUACACUAAGCAGCCUGGAACACUACUAACCUAUCUAUGCUAUGUAGCUUGGUACAGUAUACACAUACACAGUGAGGUGUAUACAAGUACGGAAUUUUCAGCAAGCGGGAGCAAGCAUACAACUGUAUCUGCACUUACAACAUGCCUUCAGGUGAAUAGCCUGGCCAUCCUAGCCUCUUUACAGCCUGAACCACAAAGAUUGGAAAGAUAUAUAGCCUCAGUCAUCGAAGAGCGCAGUGAAUGCCUCUAUAUGGACAACAUUUCUCUUGCUGGUUAAAUCCUAAAUUUUCGCAAAUAUUAAUACGUAAUCCAAAUACAAGCUCAGUGGACGACAUGCGGAUAUGUGCAAUGCCUUUGCCACUACUAGGUUAGCUCGCUCUAUUAAUAGAACUCUAACAGUGCCUUUGGUCUAGCCACACAUGAUUAUCACUGCGAUGCUGCUUUUUUGUAUGAGUGAUACAGUUGUGUGCAUGUUUUUGUACAAGUUAGGUUACAAGCCAAUGAAGGUGAAAGCAACUCCUAAGUCACAGGCAAAAGUUGGUUUUGUUACCCAAACUGAAGGUGAUGAUGAAAGUUUUGAUAGACACAGUAACUCAAGUAGUCCUGUGCGCAGUCCCUCGCCCCAUGUACUGUUCUCUACGCCUAGUGCUAUUCUACAGCCCUCUCCAGCCCAUCUCACUCAUCUCUCCCCAGCAUUCAACCGUAGUCUUUCUAAAACAAGGCAUCAGGCAAUUGAUGUUUUAUCAGAAUACGAACAAAGGGAGAGUUCCAGCAAGGCUCAAAUCAACCUUGUUGUUGUAGGUCAUGUUGAUGCCGGAAAGAGCACCCUGAUGGGACACUUACUGUAUCUCAUUGGAAAUGUGUCCAAGAGAGCCAUGCACAAAAAUGAGGUAGAGAGUCAGAAGAUUGGAAAAGGAUCAUUUGCGUAUGCCUGGAUUCUGGAUGAAACUGGAGAAGAGAGGACACGAGGUAUCACAAUGGAUGUGGCGCAGCAGGAGUUUGAAACAGCACACCGGCGCGUGAUUCUCCUUGAUGCACCUGGUCACAGGGAUUUCAUUCCUAACAUGAUCACUGGGGCAGCUCAGGCAGAUGUGUCUAUUUUAGUUGUGAAUGCAGCUACUGGUGAAUUUGAGGCCGGCUUUGAGAGUGGUGGUCAAACAAGGGAGCAUGCUAUGCUUGUAAGGUCAUUUGGAGUUAAGCAGAUGGCUGUGGCUGUCAACAAGAUGGACACUGUUGAGUGGUCAGAACGCAGAUUUCUUGAGAUCGUUGGCAAACUCAAACUGUUCUUAAAACAAGCAGGAUAUAAGGAAUCUGAUGUGAGUUACGUUCCAUGCAGUGGAUUAACAGGUGAAAACCUGGUAACAAAAUCCACUGUCUCUGAGCUCACUGCGUGGUAUACUGGACCCACUCUUCUGGCAAUAAUUGAUCAGUUUACACCUCCAUCAAGACCUGUGGAAAAGCCAUUUCGCUGCUGUGUAUCUGAUAUUUUCAAAGCUCCUGGUUCAGGAUUUAAUGUUGCCGGACGAAUAGAUUCUGGUCACAUACAGGUUGGUGAGACAGUGGCUAUAUUACCUGUUGGAGAAACAGCUACAGUCAAAAGUAUCACACUGAGUGAAAGAACAGAGCCAUGGGCAGUGGCAGGAGAUCAAGUUGUUUUGGCCAUCCACGGAGUGGAGAUCAAUAAAUUGACUAUUGGAAACGUGUUGUGCAGUAUGGAUAAUCCAGCAAAGACCACUAGUAAAAUACAAGCAAGGGUUAUCACCUUCAAUAUCAGUACACCAAUCACAAAUGGUUUUCCGGUUGUAAUGCACUAUCUUUGUGUUAAUGAGCCUGCCAUUGUUACCAAACUUAUAUCAGUGCUUCACAAAGGGUCUGGCGAAGUGCUCAAGAGAAAACCCAGAUGCCUUAGUGGGAACAGCACUGCUGUGAUCCAGCUAGACAUUUCAAGACCUGUUUGUAUGGAGCUCUACCAGGACUGCAGGGAGCUGGGCAGGUUCAUGCUCCGGUCUGGUGAUUCCACCAUUGCAGCUGGAGUAGUAACGAAGAUUCUCUGACAGAAACUCUUCUUUUUACCUAACACUCUGUACCAGUAUCACUCAUGUUUUACUGCAUUUUUAACCAGCAUCUGGGCGGACCAUUAUUAUUAUAACAAAAUAACAUAAGUUUUUCAGGAAUGAUAACACACAAGAGGAGUGCAUGCAUGUAAAAGAAGGGUGGAUUUAGCAGUCUUCCUCAGAGUCAGACUUCGGGAUGCGUUGGUCCCACCAUGUCUUGUUGUUUACCACAUUCUUGCACAGAGAAAUAGAUAGCUUAGAGCCACAGAGCUUUGACCAUGCCUUGUACAGAGGCAGUGCACAGAACUCCAUGAAUCCUGACUGUGACUCAGGAAGUGAAAUUGUGUACCGGUCACACAUGUAUGAGAUAGGCAAAUUCAUUGUUCUUUCACAGUCACCUUGUCUGAAAAACUCUUCCAUAAUGUGUUCACUCCAUGUCCUGCUGAUCUCCAGGGGACGAGUUGGGUUGCUUACAUCAGCAGCCUUUAUGGCAAUCUAUGAAUUGAUUUAACAGCGUACAGUGGUAUAUGUAUCUGAGAUCAGACUUACCUUAAGAACAAACUUCCUGACUGAAGGCUCUGAAAGAUCUAUGGAGUGGUCAGACACUAACAUUCCCUGUUGUGAAAGACACAGUAUAGAAGUUGACAUUAGGAAGAGCCAUAGGUGCACAUCCUCUGUACAUACCUCAAAGGUGGCCAUGAAGGUCUUGUGUCUGGUGA